CACUUGCUGCAUCAUUCACCUUGCAGCAAGCUGCGGACGGGUUUCUGGUGAACACUGCAUUUGUGGCUGCCAUGUGCAUCUUCAGAUUCCCCUUUCCUCUACACCUGUGCGUCUUUCACUGAGAAAUUGAGAUGGUCCUCCCUGGUCUGUUAGUAAUCCUCAUCUGAAAAAGGGCCUGUGCAGGGGAGAGGAUUGGGGGGUGGCACUCAGCAGCCUGCUCCCGUCACAGUCACAUCACACCUCCAGCCUGCCUCACCGCCACAGUAGCAGCAAGGAACCUGAAGAGACACACAGAGAAGGAGAGAGAGAGUGGGGGAGGACCGCCACCACCACACACAGAGGAAAAGAAGAGAAAAACGGGGUGAAAAAGGAAAAGAAAGAAGGAAAAAAGAAACGAGAGAAGGCACCACGGACACUGGACCCCACAACAACGGUGCCAGACAAACCAGCGACGGUUCAAACUUCAGAGAAAACUUUUUUUUCCUUUUUUCCUGCCAUCUGCCUGCAGUGAAUCCUGAGCCGCGGAAAGAGGAGUCAGGGACACGCAGCGGAGACUCCGUGAGGACCACGUCGAGGGACGAGGAACGAGGGCGAGGACUCUGGUGUGUUUCCCGGAAACUGGACUUGGGUAACACACACCUGGCACCAUGAGUGCAGAGGUACAGGAGUACUACAAUUAUGACUGGUACGAGAACGCCGUGCCCACCAAACCCCCCAAAGAAAUAAUCCCUCCCUGUGAUCCCACAGCGGACGACAGGCUCUACCACAUAUCCAUCGCAGCAGUGUCCCUGGUGAUCAUGCUGGUGCUGGCAGUACUGGCCAGGAGGAAGAAGGUGAACGAUAACCUGAGGGGAAUCUCAGGACUGCUCAGCCCAGUAAAUUUCCUGGACCACACUCAGCACAAGGGCCUGGCGGUGGCGGUGUAUGGAGUGCUCUUCUGCAAGCUCUUCGGCCUGGGCAUCUCGGCCAAUCCCCUGCCCUUCGUCAAGGACUCGGCCCACAGAGAGUACUGGAUGAUCCUGGCCCUGGUCUACUACCCGGCCCUGUACUACCCGCUGUUGGCCUGUGGCACACUGCACAGCCAGGUGGGCUACGUCCUGGGCAGCCUGUUGUCCUGGUCACACUUCAGCGUCCUCGUCUGGCAAAAGGUGGACUGCCCAAGGACACCAGAGAUUUACAAGUACUACGCCCUUUUCACCAGCCUGCCUCAGAUUGCUUGUCUGGCCUUCCUUAGUUUCCAGUAUCCACUACUUCUCUUCAAAGGCCUGAAGGGCUCAGACAAGCACGAUACCCACGAGGACCUGAGGAGCAGCUACUACAGGGAUUACGUGAAAAAGAUCCUGAAGAAGAAGAAGCCAUCUAAAGCGAGCUCCGGUGCCUCAAAACCCAAUCUGUUUGAAAGGAUCUCUGAUGCCAUCAAGUCCUACAUCUACACACCGGAAGAUGCUUUCAGGUUUCCAUUAAAACUCGCCAUUUCUGUUGUGGUGGCAUUCAUUUCCCUUUAUCAGAUGGCCGUGCUGCUGAUCAGCUGUGUGGUGCCCACCCUACAGAUCGUGCGUCAUGGCGUGGACGAGGACAUCGCCUUCCUCCUGGCCGGCUUCAACAUCAUCCUGUCGGAGGACCGCCAGGAGGUGGUCAAGAUCGUGAUCUACUACAUGUGGUGUGUGGAAGUGUGUUACAUCUCGGCCAUGACCCUGUCCUGCCUGGUUAACCUGGCUAUGCUGAUGAGGUCCAUGGUACUGCACAGGGAUAACCUGCGUGGCCUGUACAGGGGGGACAUCUACAACGUGUUCAACUGCCAGAGGAGCAUCAGGCCGUCUCGGCCGGCGCUGGUCUGCUGGAUGGGCUUCACCAGCUACCAGGCCGCGGUCAUCUGCCUCAGUGUGACCAUCCAGACACUGGUGUUUUUCAUCUGUCUGCUGUUUGCUGUGUUCCUGGUCAUCAUCCCCAUCCUCUACGGCCAGAACCUCAUGCUCUUCCACAUCAUAUCAAACAUGUGGCCCUUCUGGUUGAUGCUGUUCCUGGCCGUGUCUGUUCAGCACUUGGCUGCCAAGUUCAUGUUCAUUAAGAAGGUUUCCGGAGCACGAGACCUCCACAACAGGGGUAGUCUGUUCCUGAUGACCUACCUGCUCUUCCCCGUCAACGUCCUGCUGGGUGUGCUGUUGGGCAUCUGGAGGGUGGUCAUCACGGCCCUCUUCAACAUCAUCCACUUAGGCAGGGUGGACAUCAGCCUCCUCAACCGCAACGUGGAGGCCUUCGACCCAAGUUACCGCUGCUAUGCCCAUUACCUGAAGAUUGAGGUGAGCCAGUCUCACCCGGUCAUGAAGGCCUUCUGCGGCAUGCUCUUGCAGACCUGCAGCCAGGACGGCAUGCCACGGACCAGAGAUGCCGAGGAAGGCAUCCAGCUGGUGCAGCAGGAGAAGAAGCAGAACAAGGUGUCGAGUGCGAAGCGCGCCCGGGGCCACUGGCAGCUGCUCUACACGCUGGUGAACAACCCGUCGCUGGUGGGCUCGCGCCAGCACUUCCAGCGCCAGAGCUCCGAGGGCUUCUUCAACGGCACGCUCAGCCGCACCGGCAAGGACGGCAGCAAGAAGGACGCCGGCGGCCUCAAGGAGCCCAGCAAGGAGGCGGAGAGCGCCGGCUCCAACUGAGCUGGACCCAGCCAUUGACCACCCCCACCCCCCCUAUCCCCCUGACUGUCCAGCCCAGUCCAGCCAAGUCCAGCCUGACACUGCACUCCAAGCCACUAGGCCUCGUUAGUCUCUCACACACACAUGCGCGUGGGCCUGCUGUGGACUCCCCUCUCGGCCAUAUUAAAGAUGCUAGUAUUAUCUGUCUGCUGCUGCUGCUGCUGCUGUAGAACUGACCUGCGUUGGGUGAGCUCAAGUGAGUGUGCUCAUGUAGCGCUGGACUUCAGGACAAAUUCAGUUCAGUCCUAUGGGUGGGGUGGAGGAGUUCAAUCCAGCUAUUUAAUAGCUAUGUCCGUGAGACAUUUAGCUGCUAAAUGCCUUGAUUUGACAGCCUCUCUAAAAUGCAGGCAGUGAUUUGUUUGUCUAUAUGUAUGGGUGAGCGUGCACUGCAUGCAUGGGUGAAAGACCUGUAUGGGCCAUCUCUCUCUGUGUGUGCCUGUGUGCGUACGCAUUUGUGUGUGUGUGUGUGUGUGUGCGUGUUUGUGUGUGUCUGAGGCUGUUAUGUUCAGAAAUACACAACUCGACUAUCAGCAAAUUGGCGUGGCACUGAUGUUGUCUCUAACCAUUUCUGUAAGGUUAGAAUAUUUAUGAGUGUACAAAGUGUUCUAUUUUGAAGAUUUAGCUCAUGUUAAUUUGAAGUGCCUAUAAUUGUACACACAGAUUGGUGAAAUGGUCACCGGUUGUGAAGAGAAUAAUAAUAUAGUAUAUAGUUGAAUGUGGAUAGGUCCAACUAUUUAUAUACAAGAUAGAUUGACCCUUCUGUUUUGUUUGUCAUCUAUUAUUUGUCUUGUGUAACCAUCCAAAACCAUUUUUUUUCUCAUCUCUAUACUGUGAAAUUGUAUUUCAACACUGGACCCUCUGCUUUCAUCUCUCCUUUUGAUAUCACAUUCUUCACUAUAUGUUGCUGCUCUUUAUGUGUCAGAACCAUGUCUCACGUUGCUUUUGAGGAAAUCUAGUGAAUUUAUUUGUGAUUAAAAGAAAGAAGUGUGAAUAAUAA